AUGGCAGCCAGUCGAAUAAAUCCGGAUUACCCUUCUAUCCGCCUCUCCCCCUCCCAUUCCCGAAAUAACUCGCGCUCAACCUCACUUGAAAGAAUGCCUAGCUCCGUCUACCAACAACUCGACCCUCUCCUCAGCAACCUCUCUCCCGAAUCAACUCUUCAAGCCCUCACAUCAACCGAUGCAGUACCUUCGAACGAACAACGCGCCCAUGAUAUCCUCGCACGAAGUAUCUCGCAAGUGUCGCCUUCAGAACGCGCCUUAGGGAUACGCGCAGCGGUAGCUGCCCAAAACUUGAAUUUGUGGUACAAAGAGGUUCAAUCAUGGGACUGGCCAAAUCAACGCGACGCGAAGGUUGGGUUGGGUUUCCUUCCUCCAUCUGUGUCGCAAUCUGGGGGAAAUCCCAGCCCUCCGAUGUUCUUGGCUCCCCCUAGCAACACCCAACAAAGCUACUAUGGAAGCUUGUUAGCCAGCGUGGUCGAGCGAUAUGAGAGGAGAUCCGAUGAAAUCCGUGAUGGAAUGGACGAUCUUAACGUGGAAGAAUUAAAAGAACACGUUUUGAAUGCUCACAUUCCAUCCAGGUCUCGACCCUCUUCCGCCACAAGCUGCGUGUCUGUGCCUCCGCCGCUCAGCUAUGUACAGCUGAGUGACUUCACAGCUGUCAUUACAGCGACAAUCCUGCGAGCUCUGCCAUACCUUUCGCGACUGACUGCCCUACUUGCCACUUGGGAAGUUCGCAUUUUUGUCUUGCGCCAAAUUCCUGUUCUGCUCAGAGAGCUGAGCUUGACCCGCUCCGCCCUUGACUCCUCCCUCCACGCCUUACAAACCCCGCAUUCUUCUGUCUCCGAUCCAAACGAAUCGUCCGAUGCAUCCCUAGCUGCCGAUCAUGUUAAACUGGAGUCCGCAGUUGUGGCUGUCGGGAGGCGGAUGGAUCGAGUUCUCGACGCGUUGGAGGGUCGCCCAGAUUCUUUGCCUGGACAAUGGAUUGAUGACUUGGAAGCCAUCGAGUCUGACUUUGCCACAUGGGUGGUGGAGGCUGAUAAACGCAAAGUUCGCAACGAGUGGUUGCGGUCAAAAGCUGAGUCUCAAAUGGCUGAAAUGCGCGCAGCCGGCCUCCAGCGCGCAGAGUCAUUGAAGGAAACACGGCAGGACCCGUCAUCUGAUACAGCUGUAUCGGAACCUUCAGAUGAUCUCUGUUCCCCUCAGGAGCAGGCCGUUGAACUUCAGUGUGGCCUGGAAGUCUCGCCCGGCGACGGAAGACCAGCUAGCCCACAACCUAUUAAACAAUCAACAGUGCCUAUUAAAGAAACGCCGCUCCCCGCAGGUCGGGUCGAAGGGAACGCUUCACCAAACUUGAAACUCUCGAUAUCUUUUUUAAAGUCUCCACUCGAAGAGAAAUAUGAAGAUCUCACACCUGUGGCCAUGGCAGAGGACUUAGACACGCCAACACAGUCCGACUUUCCUCCAGCUUCUGCAAUCAGUCGACAGCUCUUUUCGGCUCCUGCACAUAUACCUUGCGCAAUUGAUCGCACCUUGGAAAACAAGGAAAACAUUCUUCCGCUCGGCUUCCAACAGCCCGACGGGGCAGUGUCAUCUCCCAGCCAGGCUUCGACAAAAUCAAGUCCAUUAUUCGAGAAUAGGGCUCUCGCCGAAGAUCCUUUCCUUGAGCAUUCAGCCGCAUCUGAAAUAGGAGUCCAAAUUCCUGAGGUGCUUGUUUCUGUUGAUGUACCUGCCGCCGAAGAGCCCCAGGCCUCUGCUGACCACAAACACUUGGCGGUUGGUACUAGGACAGAUGAGAAAGACAGGAACUCUGAUGCGAGAGAACAGCCUUCUCCACAUUCCCGACCAACCAAACUCAAGCCUGAACCUGAAACCAUCAGUUCUCCUGUUUACCAAGAGCCUAAAUCCCCGGACAGGUCGAGUGAACAGAAUCAGUGUGAUACUCCAGUAGCAGCAGCUAUCUCUCCGGUGCUUACACCGAACAGGUCGGACAUUCAAGUGCCGAAAUCGAGAGCAUCUGGAAGGAUUUCACAAAUACCCAUGGCUGUGGCGUCGCCUAAGUCAGGCUCAAAUCAUACGCCCAUCAAGUCUCACCAUCCGUUGAAUGAAGGGAAAGCCGAAUCUUCCCAACGGACAGUUCGCAAGCCGUUACAGAGUCCUAUCAAACUUUCCAAAUCCCGCCCAGGGAAGUCUGGUCUCAACGAAGAUGGCAAAGUGGUGCAUAAAAUAACACAUCGUCGUCGGACAUCUACUGGAUCUGUAGGCUCCUUGCUUUCAGACCAUUCUUCCCUGAUAUCCACCCCUGAGGCGCCUGAGCCGCGUACUGCUUCCUCUAAUGUGACACCUAUUGGGCCAUCAUCUCCCCCUGAAUCUAGACAUCCUCUUUCGCAUGGUGACUAUACCUUGAGAGAGGAUCGUCUGCGUCGUUUGGAAAAUCAAAAGCCUGACCCGCGAAUCUCUUUCGAGCAAACUUGCACAGUCAGCCUGCCCCUUGAGCGGUUUAUUAAUGAACGCUUGGAGUUGGGGCUAGGAAGUGAGUCGGCGCCAGGUGUGGCUAGCGUGAACCCGUCUAGGACCAGGACACACUCCGUCACAUCUGCCGACUUCCCUAAACCCCCAAAGACACAAACGAAAAUCACAUUCCAGGAUAAUUCUGCUGCAUCCAGUCCUCUGGCUCCACGCCUUCCUACUCGCCAUCAUCAAUUGUCCCGAGGAAAGUCUGCAUCUGACCUGAACUCUCAAAAUGAGAUGGCAAAAAUCGCGGAACGAAACAAAAAGACAUUUGGGAUGAACUCCGCCCGAAGAGCCAUGGAGCACCUUCUUCAGCCCAAAUCUCUCCGAUGGCGACAGCGACUGACUGCCCAUCCAAGUCUCGAAAGUCUGGGUGUGAAGAGGCAAGAGUUAUCCUAUGUAGAAGAGCAUGGAUCUGAACCCACUGAUUUCGGAUUCCGCGCUUCCUCGCCAACCAAACACACGAAGCAACCGCGAGACCAGCUCGACGAAAAGAUUAACUCUAUUCUCAACUCUUUGCCUGGUCAUAUCCAUUUAGUGGACUCCAACCACGAAGCCGACACAUCCUCGUCAUCGUCGUCCCUGGAUCGACGAAUGCGGUACCGAUCCGAAUCCCCCACUGGACCAAUCACUCGCAGCACCACUCCUGCACCUUCUCUGACGUUGAUGCCCGCUGCCCGGAGACGGCAUUCACAUGCCUACAAGACAGAGGAUAGCUGCGUCAAACUCUAUCACCUCCACCACGGGGGCCAGUCCGCACCGACAAAACUGUUCGUUCGCACCGUAGGGGAAGAGGGGCAGCGAGUGAUGGUUCGUGUUGGCGGUGGAUGGGCUGACCUUGGCGAAUACCUUCGCGAAUAUGUAAUUCACCAUGGUCGCCGCAAGGUGUCUGAGACACCCCGUGUGGAGGUGCAGGGCCUAAAAUCACGUUCCUCGCCAUCUUACCCAUCUCCAAGUACCAUGUUGACUCCAGCUACCUCGUAUCUUGCCUCCGGCCGGGCUACUCCGUCCCGACCACAAUCCGUGCUCAGUGCUCGGCCCCCUUCAUCCCUUACCGUUCACAAGAAAAGACGAGGCUCAACCGCAUCAGAUGUAAUGGGCACCAGGGCAGUGACAACAGGCCAUCUACCUUCCUUCACCUCACCCCCACCAGUUGUCGCCCCUAUUCCUUCCUCGACAGGCAGACGCCUGUCAGUGUCCUCCGGCUAUUCAAUCGGGGAUGUUCACUCCCCCGGCAACAUCGCUGCCUCCUCAACCGCCAACGAAUCCCGCUCCACCCCGCUGGGCCUAGCUGGCCCUAGACCACGUGCUCGGUACGAAUCCAUGAGCCCAGAAGGUGAAGCCUGGGUUGCAGAUGUUCUCCAAAAGACCCGCUGCUCCAGCUCCCAUAAUCCACCCCAGUUUGCACUGAGCAUGACCCCAGACCACGAUGCCGAUGACCGAUUUGAUAUCGGCGACAGCGGCAUGGCGGGACACUCCUUACCCAAAGUCCGCAGCAUUGGCGAUAUCGGGUCUAGCGGCACAAGCAGGCGGGUCGUGCUGAAAGGUCUUGGGUCUCGCCGUCGUGAACUUCGACAGAUGUGA